AUGGCUGAAGGCGCGAACGUCAUGCAUCAUUGCAACGAGGUCCUCAAGAUCUCCGCCAAGCUUAGCGGCAUCGGUGCGAAGAUGGAAGACGAAGACGUUGCAAUUUGUCUGCUACUCAGUCUUCCAAAGAGCUACGAAAAUGUGGUGCUCAACAUGGAAAUGAGCAGCACCGAGCUUCGCACUCAAGAUGUGGUGAGAGUACUGACGAAUGAGCAUGCCAAGCGUCAAGGAGAAAAAGGGUCAACGACAGCGACUACGGUGAAGGCUGAAGAUGCAACCAAGGCAUUCAGCGCCGAGCGUGAGCCUUACCAAAGCACGUAUUGUGGCAAGUGGGGACAUCAUGAUGAAGGCAAUGGCUACGAUCGAGUGGCGUUUGCAGUCUCGUUCGAAUGUGGAGUUUCGACGAGCAAGGACGUGUCUGGAAUGUGGGCCGUCGACAGUGGUGCAACGCACCACAUUUGCCACGACAAGACCAAGUUCGCAAGUUUGGCAGAGCGCAAUGAGGGCGAACUCUUGGUGGCUGAUGGCAACAAGGUGGCCAUCAAGGGUGUGGGAACCAUCAUUGAAAAGGUGGUUCUGCCCAACGGUGAAGAGCGUGAGAUCGAAAUCAAGAACGCGCUAUAUGGUCCAAGUAUGAGCAAGAACCUGCUCUCGGUGCCACAGAUCAACAGCCAUGGCAAGUUUGAAGUCGUUUUUAACGCGUCCAAGAUGUAUGUGACUCUCAAGAACUCACAGCAAGUGGUGGCGACAGCGGAUCUCGUGGAUGGACUCUACUGGCUUCGUACGACUCAACGAUCAGCGAAUGUGACAACAAGUGGAACCAGUUGUGCCGAUCUACAUGCGAGAAUGGGUCAUGCUACAGUCGACGUGCUUCGCAAGAUGGUCUCCAACAACAUGAUCAAAGAUGUGGAAGUGCCUCUCAAGUCAAGUGGAUCAGGUACAUGUCGAGAAUGUCAGCAAGGAAAAAUGGUCCAAAACCCAUUCCCAAGCAAUCGUGACAAGCGAAGUUACGACACGUUCGAGCUACUUCAUCUGGACAUCUGCGGGUCCAUGGAAAAGGAUUCGCUCGGUGGCAGCAAAUAUUUGCUGCUGAUCAUCGACGAAGCCAGUGGAUGCAUGAAGGGCUUUUGUCUACGAGUGAAGUCCGAGAGUGAAGAAUACAUCCGGAAAUAUAUCACCAUGGUACAGACGCAAUUCUGUAAGAAGGUCAAGCUCGUGCGACACGACGGAGCUCGCGAGUUUGCAACCAACUCGCUUCAACUGUUCUACGAAGACGAAGGCAUUGAACAGCAGACAACGGUGCCGUAUGCACAUCAAACAAACGGAACAGCAGAGCGUGCCAUUAGGACUAUUGUCACGAUCGGCCGCAGCAUGCUUCAUCAUGCCAAACUGGACAAGUGUUUCUGGGCCGAAGCAGCGAUGACGGCCAUCUACGUCAAGAAUCGACUGCCGUCACCUAAAGUCGUGCACAAGACCCCGUUUGAGAUCGUCUACAACUUGAAACCAAGCGUCAAGCACAUGUCAACAUUCGGGUGUCAGACAUACAUACUGACGCCUAAAGAGAAUCGACUCAAGUGGGAUCCAAAGGCUGGCGCUGGCAUGCCCGUGGGCUACGAAGAAGUGUCGAAGGCGUAUCAAGUUUAUGACGUUGAGGCGGGGAAGGUGGUCGUCAAUCGUGAUGUCAACUUCGACGAAUCCACCUGUGGACUUCAACUUCCGAUCACUGAUGAAGGUGCCGAUGACCUGGACUUCGAAUUGCUGGAUCUUGAUGACGAAGAGCUGCGUCAAAUGGAGUACAACAAACAGGCAAGCGCAAGAACCGACUCAAUGAUGAAGAUACAGCAGCUCCACGACCGCGUGCAGUGCGUCAACGACCAGGACUAG